AUGUCUGAGUUGGAUGCUGACGAGGGGGUUGAGAGUGAAGGUUUGUUUGACGGAGAGCCGUAUCCCGACGGAGGCGAGAUCCACGCGGAGUAUCCCGUUGGCGUCAUCAGUUUUGAGGGGGACCCCACCGUGUUCAUCCAGGCCACCCAUGUAGGCGAUCGCAAAUCCGAAGCGGAGGGGAUGCUUGUCAAGAUGUGGGUUGGUUACCUGAGCCCGGCCCUGGAGACAUCAGUGCGCUAUCCGCCGGACGGAGAGGAAGUUUUGACAUUGCAUCAUCCUUUCCAGACAGAAGACGGCGACAGCGAGUAUCUGCCCCUUGCCCAGGCUUUGGUGACUUUGGCCGACGACCGGUUUGCCUUCGCUUCGGCUGCUUCCCAGGAGUCCAGUCAGGAAGCCCGAUUGAUCAAGCUCGAGGGCGGCAUCGCAAGCUUGCAGGAAUCCAUCCGAGAGCUGGUUGCCGUGCAGAGCCAGGGUCGACGGGAGCAGCCUAUUCCACCGACUCGGACUCAGCCGAAGGCCAGCCCCACCGUAAGCGCCGGGCUUGGAUCUCGAAAGGCCUUACCUGGCUUGGAUUCAGCUGUGGUGGCUGCUGCGCGUCAGGCGGGGGUCCCAGAGAGCCACUUAGCGGAGAUGUCUCGGCUGGCUGCUCAGCGGAAGGGCCCUCUGCAAGAUGCUCCGGGCAGGCAGGGGAGGGCUCCCGAGAAGGUGGAUGUUUUGGGGGAGCCAGUCGCGGAGGAGUUCUACGACGAGGCGGCGGUGGCCGAGCCACAGCCCAACAGCACCGAUGCCAUUUCCAAUGCCCUGAUCAAGUUGACCACGAUUGUCGAUCACCUGGCCACGAAAAAGACCAAGAAGAGCACUCUGGAGGACCUCCUCGACGAUUCAGGACCGAACAUCACCGAAGCAAGCUCUUCCAGCUCCUCGAGCCGUCGCAAUGCCGCGGUGAUCAAGGCGUUGAGGAAGGCGCUGGUGGAGUCUCCCGAGGACAUCUUUGCGGUCCUGUACCAGGCCAUGCAAGAAGAUUUUGGGUCUCGCGUGGGGGGCCCAGGCGAGAGUGGAAGUCAGCAACCGACAUUCCGCGGCUGGGCGGAGCAUCGGUCUCGCAUCCCGAACAUACAGGGAUCAGUCCGAGUUGCGUGGAGCAUAUCAGGUCAAUGGUUGAUUGCCGCGGAGGCGGCUCUCGAACCGACAGCGCCACCUUUCGGAGCGUUUGCCCGUCACACGGCCCCAGAGCAAGGCGAGACCCAGUUCUCCAAACUUCUAGAUGCCAGAUGGAUCGAAGCAUUCGUCGCCAAGGUCAAGGAGCAGGAGGAGUAUGUGGAAAGAAGGGAUCGCCUAGGACGGCGGAAGCUACAUCCGAAUCCGAGCACGGAUCCCGAAGAGCAUCAGGCCGGCGACAAUGCCAAGUUAGCUCUGAGGGGACCCUUCGACCGAGCGCACGUCGUGCUCCGUAUCACAUGUGCCUGGCUCGUCAGCUUCUACAGUUUCAGCGGAGUCAUGGUGGAAUUCGGGCCUGAGGGCGAUUCUUCGCUCGAAGGGAGGAGGGCACCGAUAAGCUAUGGCCUUUGCCAGUCCCAUAUCCGCAUGUGCUGCGGCGAGAAGCAGGGCCGAGGGUGCGGAUUCAUGCUGCGCCCGAUCAACGACAAGCUCUUUUUCGUGCUCUGGAUGCCACAGGGCAAACAACGCACGAUCAGAAACACGUUAGCUUGCGCCCUCUCCCCAAGAGAAGCUCGGCAAUACACAGCAUAUCAUUCUGGGUUGGCGUCUGAACAGAAGAUCUAUCCUGCCUUGAUGACAUUGGGGAUGGGUGACACUUGCGCUGUUGAGCUUGCCCAGACAGCCCACAUAUCCAUGCUGAUCCAGUCGGAUGCCGUGUCGGAGGAUGAACUCUUAGCACUGCAUCUACCUUGCCCCAGGUCGUUGAGCAUGACCGGUGUCGUGAUUGACGACCUGGUAGCGCUGGAAAUCCUCAGCCGGCAAACCUUUGAGGCGGGGUUCGAAGCCAAGUCAGCACGCAAGGUUAGGACCAUGCUCAAGAAUUACGUUGAUGCUGGGCUUGAACCUCAUGAGGGAAAGACAUUUUAUCAGGAACCUGUCUCGACUUUCUGGGGAGCUGCUGUCGAUGGAGUUCGAGGGCAGGUCCGGGCCAGUCUAAAUCGUGUGCUGCCGAUCACGUUUGUGACCUCACUGGUGCUCAAGAUUGGCGUUGUCUCACUUGCCUUGCUGGAAGUUUUGGUGGGGUGCUGGACUUCGACUUUCUUGUUUAGGCGACGAUUGCUGAGCUUGUUCUCUGUUGUUUAUGAACCCUUGCAGCGUGGAUUGCGGAGAUCGACGGUGAUCAGGCUGUCCCCUGAACUGGCUGAGGAGUUGUUACUGAUAAUGUGUCUGGCUCCACUUGCUGUCACUGACAUCAAAGCCCGAAAUUCUUCAUACAUAUACUCCUCGGAUGCUUCUUCCGAUUUUGGAAUCGGGGUGACCAGAGCUCGGUUGCCUGCCGGUUUGGAAGCUGAGGUUCACCGACAUAAAUUGCACCGGCCUGUAUGGACAAAGUUGCUCACACCAUUACGCAAGCUCCAAAGGAUGCUCCUUGAUCAGGAGCUUCCGGAUGGGCAGCGGCUGCCCAGUCACCCACUUUGGCUUGCUCUUGGUGGUGGUCUGGUUUAUGAGGAAGUGCUGCGCCAGCGAGUCGUGAAGCACACCCACAUUAACAUUUUGGAGCUCAGGGGCCUCACAAAAACCGAACAGAUAGCAUCUUCUACUGGCAUGCGUCAGCGGGUUUUCCAGCUUGCGGACUCUCAAGUAGCGCUAGGCUGCUGGAUAAAAGGGAGAGCAUCCUCUACCGCUUUGAAUCAAGAGUUGCAAAGAAGCUUGGCGAUUCACUGUGGGUGCAACAUGCAAAGUAAUGCUGGGUUCUUGCCCACAGAGUACAACUCAGCCGAUGGUCCCAGCCGAGGCCGUGACCCUGAUCCUCCUUCGCUUGAGCUGCCCUCGUGCUUUGCUAGUCUGCCUGCCCUUGCUGAAUUUGAUUCUUGGCUAGCGAGAGCUGGAGCAGAUCCGUAUACUCUUUCAGGGCUGCCCUCUUUCGACGAGUUGAAAGCUGAACCAGGUUUCAAGUGCAAACCCUCAACUGGCCGGCGGAAGUUACAGAGAUUGCAGCUUGCUUCAGGUGUCAUUUCACAGGCCUCAGCUAGGGACGAUGCGCAGAUCAAACACAUGUCCUCUUGUGCCAGCCCGGAGGUUGGGGAUAGGUCUGAGCUGCUGGAUCAUCCGAGCACCUUUGUUGAGACUGGCGCGGUAUUGUGCGCGGAGGCCGUUGAGUUACUGAAGGCUUUCCCUGUUGAACAGUUUGUGCUCCCGAGCUGGGCUAGCAACAGGGCGGACUGGAGACCCUCUCGUGUCGGCUAUCUUGACCUUUAUUCAGGAAAGAAGGGAGUUGCCCGUGAGCUUGCCGAGCUCACUGGAGGCUGGAUCCUCUCGUUUGAGAUACUUGACGAUCCUGCACAAGAUUUGAGUUCCCCUCACUUGAGGCGUCUGCUAGGGAGAUUGGUUGCCCUUCAUGCAUUCGAUGGCGUUGGCGUAGCAAUUUUCUGCGCCUCCUUCAGCAGAGCGGUGACUCCUCCCAGGAGGUCAGCGGCUGAGCCCUACGGAGUUGAAGGUUUGACUGGCACAGCGCUUGAGAGUGUGCUCACUGGGAAUGAUCACGCAGAGUUCGCCCUGCGUAUUCUGAAGUUGUGCAUUGAUACUGGGAUCUGGUACUGGUGUGAAAAUCCUCACACAAGCUUUCUGUGGUGGCUCCCCGGUUUCGCGGAGCUGGGGGCCAGAGAGAGGGCCAACCGUUUCCUGGUCGACUACUGCACGCUGGGUGCGCCGUGGCGAAAGCGCACUGCCAUUAUCACGAACACUCAUUUGAAAGGCUUUUCUGUCUUGUGUGCUAGGCGGCAUAAGCAUAAGGUUCUUAGGGGUUUCUCAAAACAGAACAAGUGUUGCUGGACAAGGGUGGCGCAGGAGUACCCCAAGCAGCUGUGUAUGUGGAUUGCGUAUGCUCUGGCUUAUGAUUCAGGCCGGGUCUCUGGAACAAGGCCCAUCACAGUCGCUGCGAUGGCAAAGUGCUGUCAUGGUCGAAUCGGCGAGGCCAAAAAUCCUGGUCCGCGAGGUCGGCGAGAUUUUGGCUACCGCGCUGGCAUAGAUCUUGAUCAGGUUCCCCUGGUAGAAGCUGCUACGUCCAAGUUGGGAGUUAAAGUAUAUGUCCUCUUUGUUCAGUGGCUCCAUGCUUAUCUCUCGGCUGAUGCUUGCGAGGGGCUCUUGGCUUGUCCAGCAACGCUGGCGGAACUGGCGAGGUUCUUUGGCACAGUGCUCUUCGACCAGCGGCAUUCGUUGUACAUGUACCGGCAGUUGCUCACUCAUCUUCUGCGGGAGGUGCCCAGUGUUCGUCAGUACCUAGGUGGAGCAUGGCAGCUGGUUACGAAAUGGUCCAGGCUCGAACCUGUAGAACAUCGGCUGCCGGUUCCAGUUGUGCUGCUGCGGGCUCUCGCCAGCCUGGCCCUAUCGUGGAAUUGGCCCCGCUGGACCGCUAUGACUCUCAUGAUCUUUUUCGGUAUCGCCAGGCCUGGCGACGUACUUCGGGCCAAGCGUUCGGAGCUGCUCCUUCCUGAGGAUCUGGUUGCCGAAGCCGCAGAUAGCCUGUACAUCAAGAUCCUGGGUCCCAAAACGCGGCAUCGAGGCCUAGGGCUUGUACAACACACCAAGGUGACAGAUCCGCUGGUGACAAGUUUCUGUUCGAAAGUGCUUGGACGGCUUCCCUCAGCAUCGCCAUUAUAUCCGGGCAACCCAGCAAGUUUCCGAAAGCGCUGGGACGCCUUGCUGCAUGCUCUUGAGAUUCCUGACUCCUUGCGUCUCACUCCGGCAGGGCUUCGAGCGGGAGGGGCCGUUUGGGCCUACAGGCAGAACACUGAAUUGCAGCGGAUUCUUUGGCAGAUGAGGUUGUCGAAUCUCACCACUCUUCAGCAUUAUGUUCAGGAAGUCGGUGCCGACAGUGUGUUCGUUCAAUUGCCGCCAAG